GACGCCGCCAAAUUGAUCGCGAAUGGCGAGCGAGGCGAUGGAGGUCGAGGCUCCGACGACGACGACGACGACGACGACGGGGCUUGGUACGCCGCAUGAUCUCCUCAAGGACACGCGCAUGGCGAUGGAGGAGAUCGUCGCUCGCAUGCUCUUCAUCAAGAGGGAGGGGCGCCCCAAAUCCGAGCUCCGUGAGCUCAUCACCCAGAUGUCCCUCCUUUUCGUCACCCUUCGCCAGGUGAAUCGGGACAUACUGUUGGAGGAGGACCGCGUGAGGGCGGAGACGGAGAGCGCGAAAGCGCCCGUGGACUUCGCGACGCUCCAGCUCCACAACCUCAUGUACGAGAAGAACCACUACUUGAAGGCGAUUAAGGCGUGUAAUGAUUUCAAAACGAAGUACCCGGACAUCGAUCUCGUCCCCGAAGAGGAGUUUUUUGGUAGCGCGCCCGACGAGAUCAAAGGGAAGGUGCUUGCGAGUGACGCCGCGCACGAUCUGAUGCUGAAAAGGCUCAAUUUUGAGCUCCUUCAGCGAAAGGAGCUCUGCAAGCUUCAUGAGAAAUUGGAACAACGGAAAAGUAGGCUUCUUGUAACAAUAGCAAAUCGGAAAAAAUUUCUAUCAAGUCUCCCAUCACAUCUGAAGUCUCUGAAGAAAGCAUCUUUGCCAGUGCAACAGCAAUUAGGGAUUUUGCAUACCAAGAAACUAAAGCAGCACCAUGCUGCAGAGUACCUUCCGCCGCCUCUUUAUAUUUCAUAUUCGCAGCUAUUAUCCCAGAAAGAAGCAUUUGGAGAGAGGAUUGAACUAGAAAUCGUUGGAAGUACUAAGGAGGCUCAAACAUUUGCACAGCAGCAAGCUAAUAAGGAAAAUGGUUUAUCGUCAAACAAUGAUAACGACAAGUUGGAUGAUGAUGCACCUGAUGAGGAGGAAGAUGCCCAGAGAAGAAGAAAGAGGCCAAAGAAGAAGCCGGUCAAGGAAGCUUCCGAACAAGCAGGAGUUCACCAAAUUCAUCCACUCAAAAUCAAUCUUCAUAUAUAUGAUGAUGAUGACACUGAAGCCAAACCUGUUAAACUAACCACUCUGAGAUUUGAGUACUUGGUAAAGCUAAAUGUUGUAUGCGUUGGACUCGAAGAUGCAGAGGAAGGAUCUGACAGCAAUAUCUUAUGCAACUUAUUUCCUGAUGAUACUGGCCUGGAGCUUCCUCAUCAGACUGCUAAGCUGCAUGCUGGGGAUUCUCUGGACUUUGGUGGAAAGACUUCACGGCCAUACAAAUGGGCACAACAUCUAGCUGGGAUUGACUUCUUGCCUGAGUUACCUCCUCUACAUACGGUUAAUGGGAGUUCUAACAGUGAGACAUUUCAAUCUGCUGAAAUUUCUUCAGGGCUUUAUCUAUACCGUCACCAGAAUCGUGUUCAGACCAUUUUGCAGAGGAUCCGUUCCAGGAAAAGGGCACAGAUGGCUCUCGUGGUGCAGCUUGAUUCCUUGAUAAAGCUCAAGUGGCCACCACUAGCAUAUGAGAAUACUCCAUGGGCCUUGCACACCCCUUUGUGUACUUUGAACGGCUGGUCACCAGCAGGAGCCUUUCCAAACUCUUCUUCUCUUGCUGCUGCUGCUGCUGCUGCUGCUGCUGCUGCAACUGGCGUAGCUACAGUUUCUGUUGACCAUGAUCUCGACAAAAGAUCUGUGACAUCUUUGGAAGAAGUAGAGAGUACAAGAGAAGAUGGAGAACUUCCAUUAGCAUUACCUGUUGCAAGCAAAUCAGAUGAUUCUUUAAUCACUCUCUCUAAUGGGGCAUCUAAUCUUAUUGAGCAUUCGCGAAGCUUAUCUUUGAUUUCAAAGAGCAUUACCCAUCCAAAGAAGAUCUUCUCUCGAAGCUUCAGUAUGAGUGAGGACAAUCCAGAAAUUAUGCUGGAUAGUGAGAGUGAAACAGAGGAGCAAACAUGCACCGAGUUAGAUACCGAAGAUGCGAGCUGCAUUGUUGAGAAACCUUGGAAAGAACAAGGUUCGAAAGAAUUUAGCCUGAUUUUAAGUAAAAUAUUUGGAAGUGGGCAGGCUAUGAAGUUAGAAGCCAAGGUUAAAAUUAGCAUCGAGUAUCCUAUCAGACCUCCGCUUUUCAAAUUGAGCUUGCUUAUUGAAGAGUCACAAAGUCUGAAAUGGUACAAUGUACUUCGUGCCAUGGAAGCAGAGGUCAAUCUUCAUAUUCUUGAGGUUCUACCUGAGGAUUAUGAAAAUUAUAUCCUUGCUCACCAAGUGCGUUGCUUGGCAAUGCUGUAUGAUUUCCAUUUUGAUGAGUGCCGUGAGAAGCGAAAGAGCACUUCAGUUAUUGAUGUUGGACUCUGCAAACCAGUUGGUGGAACCAUACUUACUAGAGCUGUUAGGGGAAGGGAUAGGAGGAGGAUGAUUUCUUGGAAGGUUGAGGACUGCACUCCAGGUUUUCCCUGCUAGAGGUUUGGAUGGGGAGUUCUGCUUCGGUGGUUGGAAAACUGGUAUUUCACAUAUUUUUUGAAUUGAUGCGCACCUCCUUAUUUAAGAAAUCCUUUGUGUUACCUUCUUGGACCAUUCUAUGACUAUGCUUUGAUGUAGUAUCUGUUUCUAAGUACAUGGAAGGGCUUACAUCAGUACAGUUGUAUCUUAGCCGGUCUAAUUACAUGGAAGGGUCUUCUUUACUGGCUAUCCAUAAAAGUGGGGUUCCAGCAUUUGCUAGGGAUGAAGUGUGAAUAUAAUUGAAGCUCUUAUGAUGCUUUAUAAGAAAUGCGAGUUCAGAUUAGAAGCAGCAAAUGUCCCACCUCAAAAGUAGAAGAUUCUGGUGUUAUCCUUUAUUGAACUUCAUGCAAUUUGCUAUCAAUUUUUAGGGCUUAUCAUUUUUUUUAAAAAAAUUUUGAGGAUAGAGGGUUACUUAAGAUCACAGAAUGUAGCUCACCGUGUGGCGUGUGCUAUAGUUGCAUAAAGCAGGUGCAGCGUCUUUAACAGUAUUCCAAGAUAGAUACAGCUGGCAUUUUUACUGCCCUUAGAUAUUCUUAAUGUUAA